UGUACCUUAGGGAAGACGAUGGAGCGGAGUCUGCUUCAAGGCAGAGAGGAAGAGGGGAAAGCGCUUCCUCACACCGUGCUGCAGGCUGGUCUACCAUAUCCCCCCGUUCCCUCCUCUUUUCUCUCAAAGCGGCAGACAAGAAUACUGGUACACUGUAGGGUGCGUGAUGGGAAAAUAGAUGGGCAGCCCUUCUCACACGGACGUGUGGCGUCAAAGCAACAAACAAGGUUAAACAAACCAGCUGAUUGCCAUCCUCGAGAGAUCCCAAGCAUAUCCGCAAGGCUUGCUUUUAUUAACUUCUGUGACAUGAUGCCAUUGGAGAGAGCUGCUGAGUGAGGUUUGCUCCAAGAGGGAUUUCAUGCUGAAGCUAAGACAAGGCUGAAGAAAAUAUGUGAGAUUAGGUUCUGAGCUUCUGAACCAAGGCUGAAAAAACCGAUACGACCCGGGAGAGGGGAAAGAAAACGAGGGGGUGAGGUGCUGUCAAGAGCUGCUGUGUAAGACAUGAAUUUACAGGGCAAGCUGAGUGGUCCUUUGGUCUCUGGCCUGCAGGACCACAGUGGAGAGAUCAAGAACAACAACAACAAGCCAGCUCUGCUCUCACCUGAGGGCGAUGCCAACGCCAACAAGAUCCAGACGGGCGACGGGGGCUCGACAGCUGACACGGGCACCCUGCCCCCGUUGGUGUCCCAGAGCGAUGAGCAAGACAAGAUCAUCAUCUGGGGCACGGAUGACUCCCCGUGCGACGACCCGGAGCUGGAGGAGUUUGAGCUGCUGGAAUGCCAGGAGCUGGAGGCCUUCCUUGUGGAGGAAGAGGUGGAGUAUGAAAGAGGAAGAAGUGAUGUGGGUGCAGAAAAAGGGCCCCCGUCCUUUAACAAAUGUCCUCCCUCUUGCGUCCCCGCUCCAGCCAAGAUGGUGACAGAUAGGGACAGCAACCGCAAUGUGGAAGACGAGAGAACUUCAGGACAUGGGGUGCAGGACCCAGAGACCCCUGUCUCCUGUUUGAGGGGAAGUCGGGGGAGGGCAGGGGCUCAGCUCAGUUCAGAGAACAACGUCUUCGUGUCAUGCCUCUCUGCAGUGUCUGAACUCAGGGGAAGCCUAGCCACUGUCCUGGACAACGCUGGACGAACGCUUGCCGCAGACUCCCGGCACAUUCCUUCUGAACCUUACAGGACCAUCUCUGAAGACCUCAGCCGUGGCUCUCAGUCCAUCACAGCUACCUCAGUGAAGACGGGAAACUCCCUGGUCCCUUCUGGAAGAAGCACAGCACAUUCCAACAGUGUGGACCUGAAUCUGAACUCCACCGCUCUGCCUCAGGAACUUUGCCCACAAGCACAACCAGAUCAGGUAGCAAGCCAGAGGCUCAGGAAGAGCCUACAGGAGGAGAGGGCCAAUGAACUGACCAAUGGCAUGGGAAAAAGUAAAGGCAACAGAGUGGAUCAAAAGGGGGAGCAGUUUGGCCUGCAGCAGGCCAAACUGCUAUGGACAGAGGGUGAGCAGAAUGGAUCUGAAGUAACAAACAAGCAGGGGAGUGGCAUGCCUGCAGAAUCCAAGAAAAACUUCGGGGACAGAAUGCAUCCCAGCGACCAAGUAAUUGGCCAUAGCCAAUCCACCACCCACCCCCCAGGAAAGAGCCAAUCCCGUCUCUGGACAUGCCCUUCUCUAGAAACAGUCACACAAAGGACAAGCCAUAAGAUGAAUGGCAGACCUUUCCAAGACAAUGUGACAUCAGAGAUAAACAGCAACCAUCUUCCAUCAAACGCAGGUUCAAAAGUGACUCCCGGCCUCACAGCAGCUCAGGAGCCCAAACCCAUUCGGAAGCAGGGCUCGGGGGAACACGAACGCUCCGCAAGCCCCUCUAGCCUGGAUAGGAGGACCCAGGUGACGAGAAAGCCCUGGGGCAGCCCUACCCGCCCGGCGACCCCUGUAUCUCCCAGGAGUACGGGGUCACCAAGGAAGAGACUCCCAACGUCCCCGGCAAAGGCCCCUGCCAUGCGGCCCUCCCAGCAGGAGAACAGCAAGGUGUGCGUGAGCAGCGGGAUCCCAAAGCCCAUCCUCCAGCAUAUGCCCAGGGGACUGGAGAAGGAGUUAGAGCACAAGACCACUGAGAAGUCCCCCCCACCCAAAUACCCCCCGAAGCCCAAAAAUGUGCGCCCUAAAAUCAUAACCUAUAUCCGGAAAAGCCCUCAUGUGAAACCUCACGUGCCGGAUACCCCCUACGAAGCCUCCACCCUCCCAUCCAGGCUCUCUGCCUACAACAGCUCACCAGCUGCCAAGGACCCUAAAGCGGGCGGGGACCCCAAGGCCUCUCCGGUGCUCAGUGCCUCCAACCUGCUCUAUGAUAAGUACCGGCAGGAGAUGCAGAAGGCUCGCUUAUUCUCCCCCGGCCUGGUGGUGUCAGGCAUCAAGCCUCCCAGCCACACCAUCCCCCACAAAAUGAACGGUAAAUCAGACAGCUUCUAUGGAGGACUGGCUGACAAGUGCCUGCCUGAGAUGGUGAGGGGGGCAGUCAGCCUAGGUGGUCCAGGGCAUUGGGAUUCCUCGGGCCCCCAGCUCAAGCCACACGAGGCCACUGGCCUCUUCCAGUCCCCCAGGGUCCUGAGGCCACAACUGGGCCUGGGUGCUGUCAACAGGCUGCCCUUCAACAAGAAUAAGAUGCUCCUGGCUGGUCAAAGGCCACCGUCAGCCUUCAGUCAGCCCGUACAGGCGGUCAGUCCCACUGCCCACAGUUACCAGGAACCCUCAGGAGACCAGAAGAAACCUGCCCCAGCACUGGCCCCAAAAUCCUUCCUCCCAAAACCUGGUCAGUCGGGUCUGCGCCCCCCUGGCUACUCCCGCCUGCCCGCCACCCGUCUGGCCGCUUUUGGGUUCGUCCGCAGUGGCAGCGUGUCCUCUGUGUCCAGUGUCCAGUCCAACGACAGCACGCGCAGUGACCCCUGCCGACCUGCACAUCGCCUCAGCAGUGCGAGCGAUGACCCUCCCUUCCACAGGGUCACGGCGCCCCCCGGCGACCCACCGCGGGCCCCCAGCCGCGGCAGCCCCCUGCCCCCCAGCACCCCCGCCCUCGCUCGCCGCUCCUUCGUGCCUCCGCCUCGCGGCUCCCCCGUCGCCUCCAGGAAGGAAAUACAGAAGGAUGUGGAGGUUGUCCGGCCUGUAGUCUCCUCCCCAAAAAGGUGUGCAGUGGUGUCCCCUAAGCCACAGUCCCCAGUGCAUGUGCGGCUGAAGCCAGUGGCGGUGCAGAACGGCGUUGCGGGCGGCUCCCCGCGGGCCGACGCCCAAGGCAGGAAGGAGGCGGAGCGCGUGGAGGCGCAGCAGCUGAGGGAGCGGUGCGAGGAGCAGGCCAAGCAGCUCCUGAGCGUGAGGGCUGAGCUGAGGAGGGCCACCCGGGGCCUGGAGGUCUUCGCCAUCACCACCCAGCACUUCAGCCAGAAGAGUGAAGAUGCCAUUGCGAAGGAGAGGGAGCUGUCCCUGGAGCUCUCCAAGAUCAGGGAGGAAGUGGCCUCCAACGCCGCUCGCUGGGAGCGCCUGCAGCGGGAGAAGGAGGAGCUGGAGCAGAGCUUCGAGAGGGAGCUGCGGAGCCUGCAGGCGCAGCAGGAGGCGGAGCUGGGAGCCCUGGAGGAGGGGCUGAGGGCCCGGCACAGCGCUGAGAGGGACCGGCUGCGCGCCGACCACCAGGCCGAGCUGGACGAGCUGCGCACGCAGCAACAGGAGCAGAUCGAAGAGAUGACAGUGAACCACGAGGCUGCCAUGGAGGAGAUGGAGAACACUCACAGCGUGGCCAUGGCAACGCUGCAGGAGGAGCACGCGGCAACAGUGAGAGAGUUGAGAGUGACCCAUGAAGAACAGAGGAGAUCCCUGGAGGAGGACUUUGAGAAUCUGAGACUCUCCCUCCAGGAUCAAGUGGACACCCUGACAUUCCAGAACCGGAGUCUGAAAGACCGGGCCAAGCGUUUUGAGGAGGCACUGAGGAAGAGUGCUGAUGAGCAAAUAGUGGAUGCUCUUGCCCCUUAUCAGCACAUCCAGGAGGACCUGAAGAGCCUCAAGGAGGUUUUGGAGAUGAAGAACCAGCAGAUCCAUGAGCAGGAGAAGAAGAUUGCUGACCUGGAGAAGAUGCAGGCUCAAAAGAACGUGUUCCUGGAGGAACGGAUGCAGGUCUUGCAGCAGCAGAAUGAGGACCUCAAAGCCAGGAUCGACCGCAACCUGGUGCUUUCCAGGCAGCUGUCAGAGGAGAACGCCAACCUGCAGGAGCACGUAGAGAAGGAGACCAAUGAGAAGAAGCGCCUGAGCCGCAACAAUGAGGAGCUGCUGUGGCGUCUCCAGACGGGCGACCUGAGCCCCCGCAUGUCCCCAUGCUCCUCGCCCCUCCACCGGGCCUCCCCGGGGCCCGCCUCGCCCUCCCGGCUGCAGCCCUUCCCGCAAUGAACCGUCGAAUGCCCCCCAGCGCUCUGUCCGUCUCCCUCUACCUCGCCCUCUGUCUCCCUCUCUCUCUGUCUCUAACAGGACGCCAACCUCUUCUGUUAAAGAUGGCUGGUUGGUUGUCUCUAUUGGUUGACUUCUCAUCCUCUUCUCAAAGGGCCACAAAAGACUUGGAAUUCCCGUUUUUUUAAUCUGAAUUGUGAACUCUUUCAUAAAAAGUCCAGUUAACUGUGUGUGGAAAAAGACACACACAGAAGGCAGAGCUCCUCAUGGCUCCAAAGCUCAAAAAAGCUUGAAGGAGGAGCCAGGUGAUCUUCUGAACUCCAUCUCUGGAACCUAUCAUGGACAUGUUCGAAGAUGUGUCUAACCCCGGGUAGUUCUGAAGCUUGCUGUACUCCCCUCAUGCACCCCUUCUCACUUUAAUCAAACAAAUAGAUGAAUGGUGGGUUGGGUGAGGAACGUCAGCCGUUGGUGCGUGUAGAGCCAGCUUGGCAGAUGCAGGCCCGGGUGUGUGCCCAGGGUCAGAGCCCAUUCCACAGGCGUGGCCCUCCCAGUCCUGCAGUAACCCCAGCUUCCCUUCCCAGGAGCUAUAAUAUGGACGUAUAACGUGAAGAGGUCCAUUUAAAACACAACAGUAUCUCCUUUAAGAAAGCGCCUUAGUUUCCCACCCAGGUGGCCCUGAUCCUUUCACCAGCAGUUUUACUCUGGCUAGCCUCUGCCCUGGACAGCCUCUCUCGUCUCAUCUUAUCCCAGGACAGCUUUUUUGGCCCGCUUGACCUGUGCCAGUUUAUUCCUGCUCACCCCAACCCAGAGCAGUUUGGCCCCUCAGACAAAACCCAGUCAGUCUUUUUUCCCCUCCUGGGCCCUCUCAUACUGGGGAGUCUUUGUUUGCAUUUCCACACCAGACCCGCUCUUUUUCUCAAGAACGUGAACUAACCAAUGAAACAAAUGA